UGCACGGCAAAUAUUUAAGAAUUUAGUAAUAAAUAGAAAAUGAUAUCUUCACAUUACUCAAAUUUAUGAAAAAGGACUUUUGUUUGGAAAUAAAUUUCGUGCUCAGCUACUUUGGGUCACACGUGCAUUUUUCUCAUUUGUACACAGACGUUUUAUAAUCGUCAUAAUUUACUGUUAUCUCAACGAAAUAUAUUGACAGGAUUUCGAUAAGCAAGUUUUGUUAUUUUGUUUAGUUGACUACGUGAUUCAAAUUCAGUUUUACGCAUAAACCGUUGUUUUAGGCUAAAUAAAGGGAUAAUCAUUUUGUGGUUGAGCUCAGCUGUAUUUGAUUUUGAGGCACCAUGGAAAGAUGGGUGGGGCGCGUUGCCUUGGUUACUGGAGCAUCAAGCGGUAUUGGUGCAGAGAUGACGAAAACCUUGGUGAAGAGAGGAAUGAAGGUAGUUGGCUGUGCUAGGACUAUUGAAGGAAUAGAGGCAAUUGCUGAAGAAUUAAAAGACGAGAAGGGGUCUGUACUACCAAUUCAAUGUGAUCUUAGGGAUACCGAGCAAAUCGCUGCAAUGUUCAAGAAAAUUCGACAGACUGAUGACUUUGGAGGCGUGGAUGUAUGUGUCAACAAUGCAGGAGUUGCUUUCAGUGCUCCACUAGCUAAAGGGGAUGAAGAGAAGUGGAGGGCAAUGUUAGAAUUGAAUGUUCUUGGACUAUCAGUUGUCACAAGAGAGGCUAUCAAGUCCAUGAAGGCUCGGAAUGUCGAUGAUGGACAUAUUAUACAUAUAAAUAGUAUGAGUGGACACCGAGUAACGCCUGCGGCUGACACACAUUUCUAUGCGGCAACCAAAUAUGCGGUGACAGCAUUGACAGAGGGUCUGCGACAGGAGUUACAGGCAAUGAAAUCUAACAUUAGGGUCACGUCCAUCAGCCCUGGAUUUGUGGAAACUGCAUUCUUUGAGGUGCUUUUUGAUGGUGACCAAAAGAAAAUAGAAAGUCUGUACAAGAAGGUAACACCUUUACAACCAUCCGAUGUGGCAGACGCUCUGCUCUAUGCCCUGAGUGCUCCAGCCAGGGUUCAGGUUCAUGAUAUUCUUAUCAGAUCUACCGAUCAACCACUCUAAAUUGAUUCUAAUCAGAUCUACCGAUCAACCACUCUAAAUUGAUUCUAUUGAUUCCCUUAAGAAGAACAAUAUGGGAUACCUUCGAGUGCUUUCGCCUGUGGUGCAGAUUCUCAGGGAGAACUUUUUAAUCGUGUGAGAGCCAGCUGAUAAAAAUACAUGUAAUAAUGCUUUCAUCACCAUCUGUUGGAGGUCCACAACCGGUGCCAAAUGACAAAGGAUGCUGUAACUGGAAAUUGUUUCCAUUUACUGAGGCCCCAUCCUAAUUGUGGAGUACAGACCCACUUUACCGGGUUUAACUUGUAGUGGUGGAUUGCCUAGCAGCUCAUUUCCCAAGGCUAGUUAUCAUAGUUCUAGUUUCUUUUACUAUAAUAUAGUGCAUAAAAUGGUGCUAUUGUGAUCUAUUAUUUAUCCUGUAAACAGCAUCAAAGGAAUACAUUCCAUCUGAAAUAAUGAGUUGAGGAGGGAACCAUUGGUACCAGUAUUUAAUUUUUCUUCAACUCUACAUUGUAUAAAUCAUUGAAAAUGUACAUGUAUGUACAAGUCUUCAAAUAUAAGGUGGAGGAAUGAAUCCCUUCCUGUUGAAUGCUUUGACUAAUAAAAGAAGAUUUAGUUUGUGCACAUCUCUAGUUUUUUUU